AUGAGAAAAAUCGCUCGGAUCAUCGCUCGACACGCGGCAGAGCUGGCCUUCAUUGCCAUCGAUGAAGUGCUGCAGGACCUGAACAAGGAGGGGAUCAUUUCCCACCAGGACUACCACGAGCUGGUCAGCAAGGACAAGAAGAAGAGAGAGAAAUUGCUGUUUCUUCAGGAACACUUACCUUCGUGGGGAGACCGAGCAUUUCCGACUUUUAUCGAGAUUCUCCGCCAAAGAGACCACAACGAACUUGCCAAGAAGCUUCAGGACGAAUUGAAUGCGCAGGAGCAACUCGAGGCAGCGAGAAUGUUCAUCAAAAGCCGAGGCCGACUCCUCCGAAGGCUUCCAUUCCGAGAAAUCCACGAAAUCCUGAAGCGAAUUUUCAGCGUCGAGGAAAACUCGAGGAUAACCGCGCCGUCCUCCGAUCGUGAGAAAUUGGAAGAGCUCCUUAAUGCUUUGGCCCAGAAGCCCGGCAGGUACGUGAAGUGGUACCUGCAGGUACUCCUAUUCCUGCAGCACCACUCAAAAGAUCUAGCCGAAGAACUGGAGGGAAAGACCGACUUGUGCAAUCGCCUGGAGCGAGUCCGGGAUAAGUUCUCGAAGAUACCGAAUGCCGAAAAACUCAAGAACAUGCUGAUAGAGAGAAGGACCCUCGACAACAAAGAUGCCAGGACUCUCAAGGAGAGAUCCACGGCAUCGAAGACCCAGAACGCCCUGAACCUCUGGAACGUCCUGAAGACGAAGGACGGGAGGGACCUCCCGAUCAUCUGCUGCUGCCUCGACGGCCUCGGGCACGGCGACAUCGCCCAGGACCUCCUUCAGUCCACCCCGGAGGAACUCAUGGACUAUUUCGAAGAAGAGGUGCGUCUGCAAUGGGAGACCAUAUUGGACGCGCUGGAAAGACAGCAGAAGAGUUUGGACGAAUCCAAUGAGAGACUGGAGAAGAUAACGGAACAUUUGCAGGUGUCCAUGGGGGCCAACAAUGGGUCGCAACUGCUCGAGGAAAUAAAAGAAAUGCGUCUGGAUAUCAAGAGCCUCUUGUCCAGCCGUGAAGAUGAGAAAAAGUUCCUUCAAGACCUCGUCCGUGAAAAGAACGUCAUGGCCGAGGAACUAGAAGUCAAGACAAAGCUUUAUGACCAGUCUCAGAAGGAACUGGCACAACUUCAAGGCAACUUACUCAGCGUGAAGAGUCAACUCGAUGAAGUAAGCAAUUUCGUCAUGCCAUUGUCCAAUGAAGAUCGUCGGUCGGCUGUGAUCAGUUUGCACGAAGCUGGGAAGUCUCCCACCGAGAUUUUCCGACUGCUCCAGAACCGGAACUUCAUCAAACGUAUGAUUCAGCGGUUCCUUGAGACAAACUCUACAGAAGAUCGUCCGGUGGUCGUGGACGGGAAGCUGAUCGACGGGUUCGAUCAACCAACCAAGGAAUCGGCUUCACACCAAACAUGGAGGAAUGCCAAACAGGAAUGGACAAGGAUAGAAAUCUUCCUCAUCGACGCUCCAAUUGACUCCUACAAUCAAGCCAUGAUUGAAAUUUUCCAGGAUGCCAAGGAAAAGGAAAAGUUUAAAGUGAUGGCUGCAGGUGGCCAACUUUUGCAGUUUUCCAGUUUCCAAAUCACCAUUGAGGGAGAACGGAGCCUCCAGGUCAAAACUGGAAAAGUUGACAACCCCACCCUCAUGCCUUCUCAACUUUUCAAUUUCAGCAUGUUUCAUCACCUGCCAAAUGCAUCAGUCGGAUAUCGGCUGUCGUUAAUCGCGCUCGAGAGCGAGGUUCCGACCUCCUCCAAUCCUAAGAUAGAGAGGUAUGGCAAUCGAAACAACUCUGGAUGA